AUGACCUUGUUCAUCAAUGAAUUUCUAUCCAAAGUUGAAUCGCCUCUCAUUAAACAAGAAGAAGUUCUUGAAGAUAACACCAAGCCACGUAACGAAGAAGAUGAGGUUGAAAAAUCCACCAUCGCCGCCGCCGCCAUCACUGCCCUCCCCUCUUCUCCCUCCCCUUCUCUCUUACUCCUCUGUCCUCCUCUUCCUCUUCCCCCUCUCACCGUCCCUCCUCCCAUCAGUUUCUCAAACUUCCACCGCGCCACCAUCCCCGCCGCCGUGCCAGCAUCACAGCCGGCAACUCGCCCUCAACCUCUCUCUCUCCCUCUCACCCACCCACAUCAUCUCGGCCGCCGCAGCAACUCUCGCCGCCGCUCCUCUGCCAUCUCCGCCACCAUUGACGGCGGCGCGAAUUCUGAUUCUGUGGCCCUACUCCCGAAUUCCCUUUCCAUUCCUAGUUCCCUUCUGCCCCCAGGUUCCUACGCAACUUACACCUUUCUGAUGUCGGAUAAAGGCAAAGCCAUAGCCACCGCCUCUAAGAAGAGAAAACACUCUACCCCUUCCAUUCCUUCCAUCUACAGGAACUAUGCUAAGAAUCCAUUGCAUGACGAGGAUAAAGAGAAUCAGCAGUUGCCUUCUACCAAUCCAGACAAAUUCCCCAAUCUCUACUCAACCUCCGGCGAGCGCCACUCACCGCGACCACCGCCGCCAUCAUUGCCUCCCCCUUCUCCCUUCAUCGCCCCCUCUCUUCCACUCACCCUUCCCCUCUGUCUCUACCCAUUUGCCGCCCAGCGCCACUCACCGCGACCGCCGCUGCCGUCGGCGCAAGUUCCACCGCGCUGCUCCGGUCAGUUCUUCCUUUCACCAUCACCGUUCCUCCUCCCCUCAGUUUCUCAAACCACCGCGCCAGCCGUCUUCACCGCCACCGUUCACGGCGGUGCCAUUUUGGGCAAACCACCUCCUUCAGCACCCGAGCCCACUUACCUACUGGUUCAGCGUCUGUUUCGGUUCUUGGAGCGCGAGAGGCUCCAUGUCAGACGCCGACUGGAUCGGAUGGAUCAGGCACUCAUCUCCCUUGGCGCUGAGUUGCCUCCGCUCCCAGAAUCUCCGACCUCCGAUGAGCAGGAUCAUCGGGAGGAGGAUGCGGAUGAGCCACUUCAGCGGGAUGCACCUCCAGCUGCUCCUGACACUACUGAGGUCCCAGAGCCACAGCCCGAGCCUGAGCCUAUCAUUGUACCUCCCACUGAUCCUCCGGUUUAG